AUGCCCUCGCUGCCACAAGCUGAUAGGGCCAGCUCAGCGCCACCACAUCGGCCUACAUUUCUUCAUGAUGUGAGAUCCUUCUUCGCAGAGUGGAUCCGAUUAAAUGGAAUUGAUAUUCUUGUGUUGUUGGCUGUUGGUGCCUUGAGUUUCGGAAUAUACCACACCCCUAAUAUCGUCGUCAGAACUUUCCCCAUCACCUUCAACAGCUCCGGAGACAUCAUCUACCCAGAAUGGGCGUAUCCCUACCGCGGCUGGAUACUGCCCUCCUGGCUCUCGGGCUUCUUGUCCAUCGCCAUCCCCAUGAUAGUAUACCUCCUUGCCCAAACCAGAAUCAAAUCCGCCUGGGAUGCCAGCAACGCCAUCAUGGGCACACUGUGGGCAACCGCCCUCAGCUGCCUCUUCCAAGUAACCAUCAAGCAGCUCAUAGGCGGAUUCCGGCCCUACUUUCUUGACGUCUGCGCCCCUGACAUCUCACUCGCAAAGACGCACAACAAGACGGGUCUAAACGCCGUGGGCUUCCAGAAAGUCAUGUAUACCACGGAAAUAUGUACCCAGACCAACGCAUCGCUGCUCAAAGACGCAGUCACGAGCUUUCCCAGCGGCCAUUCCACCGCCGCGUUUGCCGGCUUCAUCUUCCUUUUCUUAUGGCUGAAUGCCAAGCUCAAGGUCUGGGCGGAUCACAAGCCGGCGUUUUGGAAGCUCGCGCUUACGAUGACGCCGUUGCUUGCGGCUGUCAUGAUUGCUUGCUCGCUUACAAUUGACGCGGCGCACAAUUGGUACGAUAUCGUGGGUGGUUCGAUCAUUGGGACGGUUAUGGCUGUUGCUUCAUAUCGAUCUACGUAUGCUGCUGUGUUGGAUUGGAGGUUUAAUCAUUUGCCGCUGCGGGAGAAGGAGCCGUUUGGGUAUGGCUCUGAGGAAGGGCCUCAUAUCGUUACGCAGACUUUUACUCGCAGUGUUGGAUGGGGAGGGGAGAGGGAUUGGUUUGAGGGUGAAGAGGGUGCGGGUAGUUUUGGGGGGCAGCCGGGUGUGAGCAGGGGAGAUACUGCGGAAACUGCUGUUGAGGCAAGGCCUAAGAGGAGAGUUGUUCAACGGGAAGCGUAG